CCGUCGAGACCCCAGUCCCGGACCUAGACACGGAGACGCUGCACGCGAUGAACGACGUGUUCUCGCUGGAGCUCCUUCCUUUCCAAGCAGGCACCAAGGGGAAGGAGUUGGACUCGCGGAAGUUCACGAAGGCGGAGUGGCUCGGGUUCAACAAGAGCAUCGCCAAGAACUGGAGCCAGCACCUGGAGCACGAGGCCGCCAGGGUGGUCCUGCCCGACGAGGCGGCAAAGGUCGACAAGUCGAGGAUCUUCAAGGUGCCGGCGCGCUUCGUGCAUACUCUCAAGGAGGGCCAACCGAACAGCCGACUCGUGAUCCCAGGCCACCUCGACCCGGACAACCAGGGCAAGCUUGGCAUCAAGCACGCGAAACGCAUGGCGGUUUCGUCGGAGACGGCAGGCACGCGGACAGAUGCACCAGUGGCGCCCAUGGUAGGGCCGAUGCUGCUGCUGAACUUGGCAGCGCAUUUCGGCUGGGAUCUCGGGACGUUCGACAUCGGCUCGGCGUUCCUCGCCGGCAAGACGAACACGAGACGGUUCUCGGAGGUGUUGAUUCAGGCCGGCUUCCAGCCGCUCAAGACCAUGAAAGGAGUUUUUGUCAUUCGGGACGACAUGGGCAAGGUCGAGGCGGUCCUGUGUGUUCACGUCGAUGACGGACUCCGGGGCGGCACCGGCGAGCGUUUCGCCAGAGCGAAGAAGAUCGUUCGCAAGAAGCUGAACGUGACCAAGGAGAAACAGGGUCGGUUCGAGUUCCUCGGCCAGCGCAUCAACCAGCUGCCGGACAAGUCCAUAGAGGUCGACCAGCACGAGUACGUCGAGAAGAUGGAGAAGAUCUUCGUGCCGGCCUCCAGGCGGAAGGACCCCGAGAGCAAGGCGACCGAAGAGGAGCUCUCGGAAUACCACAGCCUUGGACAAAAAUUAUCGUGGCCCGCGCGGACGACACUACCCGGACUAGCCUAUGACGUCAGCGACCUGCAACAGCGGACGCCGGACUUGACGGUCGGCCAGCUGUGCAAGGCGAACACGGUGUUGAACAUGGCCAAGGAGAUGGUGACGCGUGACGUUAAGCUACGAUUUCAUCGCGGAGAUGGAUCGGGGCGAUUUGGAUGCAUGUGCGUACACGACGCCUCGUACGUCAGGCAGCCGAGGAGUGGAUCGCAACAAGGGUUCAUCCUACUGCUCACCGACGAGAAGUUCGACGCCAAGAAGGUCAACGUGGUGAACUGGUGCUCGAGCAAGAUCCAUCGUGUGGUGCGAUCUACAUUGGCAGCGGAGGCGGCCAGCGCGAGCUACGGGUUCGACAGGGCGUGCUUCGUGAGGACGGCGUUGGCCGAGAUGCUGUACGGCUGGGAGUCAGAGAGCGACUGGACGACACUGAUGGGCAAGAUCCCCAGCCUGUGCGUGACGGACUGCAAGAGCUUCGUCGACCUUUGCCGGAAGGAGGGGAGCAUGCCGACGGAGAGGAGGAUCGCGUUAGACCUCGCGGACCUUCGAGAUCGAUUGGAAGCCGGAGACGGCUUGAUAUGGACGGACACCUGCCUGAUGCUCGCCGACCCCCUGACUAAGCACAUGAAGGACCAGAGCUAUUUGGAGCACGUCCUCAAGACGGGUGAGUACGUCUACAGGUGCAAGUACGAGACCAAGGCGGAGAAUCGUGGCGGGGGUGACCCCGGAGAGAGAGUGGCGUCCUGA